AUGGCCGUGGCAGGUAUUUUAGAGGAUGGAAAAUCAGCUCAGACAGGUGUGACUACAGCAUCAACCACAACUGGAAUUCUGAACACCGAGAAAAAACCCAACUGUGGUCCUCAGUGUGCCAACUCCACAGUUCCCGGCACUGGAGCUGUGGCACAGAGGCCGAACAGCUUCCGAACAGCAGAGAGUAAACGGGACACAAAGAUAAUGCCCACAAAAGAAGUCACCAUUAAUGUUACAAAGAGCAUCAGACAAAGCGACAGAAGGAUAGCAAAGAAUUGUGUCAAUUAAUGAAGUAAAGCGAAAGUGAGGAUGGACCUACCAAUACUUCGCUGCACUUUAAAUGUGAUCAGUCACGUAGCGCCUGAAGAUCGCAAGAUGACAGUGGGCAGCUGCUGCCGAGUGCCUUCAGAAACGUGUCCUGCAGAAAACAGCUGCAAACAGCCUGCGAGGUUCAGGUGUCACUUUUCUAAUGCAGUGGCACUACACGGAUAUAUGCCAAAAUUUGUGCCAUUUGUUUUUACAAAGUGCUAUGUUCUCUACUUAUAGAUGUCUUGUUCUGCAUUGCUAUUAGGAUGAGAGGUGUUGUUCAUCUUAAUUUAAAGCAGGAAAUGAAAAAAUGAAUCAGCGUUUUUAGUCAUAAGGAGUUUGAAGUAGGUACACUCAAAUCUACAGAGUUCAUUUAAAGAGCUUCACUUCAAUAAAACUCAAACCCAGAUAUCUCAGAAAUAAAGACACAUGGAUGGCUUCCAUUAUAUCUCUUUUAAGCUAUAUAUAUCAGUUAUAUAUAGUUACAUCAUAUACUAGCCUUUUUAUAGAUUAAUCUUUUAAAUACUUAGUUUUAAUUUACUUUCUAUGUUGACAGAAUUUAUGUCUUAAAAAUAAUAGCUUACAUAUUCCGGUCUUACUUGAACUUCACUGUGUUAGCUGACAGGUAGAGUUCUGGCUACUCUCUUUUUUAGGCCCUUUAACUAUUUUGAGACCCAGAGACACUUCACUAGACUCUGGAAAAUAGUGGUCGCUCACCUUUACCUGACAAUAACCAUGCUUCUUAAAACAAUGCUCCACUGAUGAUAGCUCCAAAAUUUAACUUUAUUUGAUUAGACACAGUUGAUUUGGUGGGCAGAACAUGUAUUUAAUUGCAUUAUAUGCAUCCUGUAUCAUAGCACUCCAUGUUUAUCAUAAAUAUACAGCUAAAAGGAAUAUAAAUGUUCAGUGUCGUAAAGUCCAGCAGUGAAUUUAGCAUAUUGCUUCUUUAUAUAGAAGUAAUAAUACAUAUUCUCUGUGAGCUUAUACUUUUAUGAAGAUAAAAGGUAAACUUAUUUGCCUCCCCCAUCAAGCACAUGAGCAUCCUUUGAGGACCAUUUAAAAUAACUACUCAAACACUGUUCAUAACAAAUGAGAAUGGGAAGAAAAUCUGUAUAUGAACUGCGGGAAGUCUUUUUUACACUUAGGCAAAUAAGUAUAAAUAGCGUUGUGGGACUGAAUCCUAAUUUAUUCCAUAUUAGGAUGAUUUUAAUAACUUGCUGCUAGGUAUAUAAGUACUUAAUACUUUACUUGGAGUACAACAACUCUAUGCAGUCAGGAAUUGUUUAGGUUAGUAAUUGUUUUCUAUUAUUCCAACACAAAGACAAAGCAAAAUACAGAGGCAGUGAGAGAUUUUUGCAUAUAUUAGGAUAUGUAUUUUUAACAAAUAGUUAUUUUUAGAUGUUCUAAAAAAGGACAAAGAUCCUGUGUUAAGCUCUCUUCAGUGUGUUAUCUCGUAAGUGAUCUUGUGCUGCGUAUUUACAUAGAAGAGCUAACAAAUACUGAAAAUAAUGUUAUGUAGGUAAAACAUGCUGUCUGCAUUUAUCCUUCCAACUUGUGGCUCUCUGCCAACUUGCUUGCAACAUUAGAGGACAGGAAGGGACUUGACUCACUCUAACAAUAAACAGCAGCUGCAGCAGCUCAGCAAUAUUAAUUUAGAAAUGGAUAGCCAUUGUUUUUGACCAUGCACUAAUCUAAUUGAAAGCACACAUUCAAGAUUCUGCAUUAUUUAUGCAGAGCAGAAAGUGAACCUUUUCAGAGCUGUGCCAAACUUGCAACCCACUUCUGUUUCAAAGGAUUUACUGGCAGAGACAGUACAGUAUAAAACAGUGUGAUACAGAAAACCUGUGGAAAGUGAUCAGUGAUGCUGCUUUGUGCAAGGGUGCCUUGGAUUUUGAAAGCGGGCAAAAGGGAAGUUUCAUUGCUUGCCAUUACUUAAGAAGCUGUUCCACAGAUAGUUGUCUUGGAUGGAUACGAAGUUAGGGUGAAUAGAUGCAAAGACAGAGGAGUUCGAACAAUGAGAUUUACGAGCUAAGAAAUUAUUUCGUGAUGAUGCGCUGACCAGAUGCAUCUGGCAUCUUGGGUCACACAGCAGGCGGAAGACUGCAAAGCUGCAUCCUAAAAAGAUAUGAGAAAUAGCUCUCGUUGCAUGUGAGCAGUCAGCAGGGAGUCUGACUUUUGAGUCUUAUAUUCAGAGCAUGAGAUGUGGCAGGAUGGUUAGCAGGGGAUGGCGUUGGUGCGUAAUUAUCUGUGCAAUACUGCAGACCUUGGUCAUGCUGCCAUGUCCCUCAUCAGAAUGGCAGUUGUGGAGUCAUGAAAGUUGCCUGCUCUGGUUGACCCCUGUAUCUGCUCAUGACAACUUGUCUGAGCUAGUUCGAGAUCCAAGGAACCAGUUUAUAUCCUGAACCGUAACUUUAGGGCAUUCAAAGAUUGAUCUGACUUUUGUGUUAUGAGCCAUACCUAGUUACAAGCAACCUUAUAAACUCUUUUCAUGUAGCAUAUUACUGUUCUUAUUUCUUAAGAGAUAAGUGAAAAGGCAUUACAUUAUGUCUUCGAUAGCUUGUUAGUUCUUCAAGCAUAAGUUCCCAAUGACCUCAACAGAACUAAGAUUGUGUGGUGGAGACGUGAGUUCUGCCUGUGCGCUUACAUAGGGUUAUAUUUAUGUUUUCUUUGCUCUGCCUGUACUAGAGACAACCAGUAGUUGAAACAACCAGUUUGUUUAUGAAAUAAUAUACCACUCAGUAUAACUAAGGGUAACCAAGUCUAGUCUAUACUGCUUAAGACAACUUAAAAGUCCUAAAAAUAGUUUCCUCUGCUGGUUUUAAGGCACGAAGCAAGCUCGAAGAAUCAUCCAGACAUCUUCACUCCAGGAGGCCUUUCUAGGAGUGAAGCGUCUCAUCUACAGGGUUUGUUCUUCAGCUAGGAUCUUUAAAAUAUAAAUGGCCCAAGUGCAGGAAAUAAUACAACCAGGGUAGAAGACACACACACUUUUAGGUAAAGGACCUGCUGAAAUCUUUGCCUUCUUACAAAACAGGAUUUUUGAAAUGUAAUUUUCCCACACAAGGUGUUAUGCCACUUAAUUUGUUCCCCAUUCCUUGGCUGCACAAGAGGAUUUGUACAGCUAGCCUGAAACAACACUCCUUCUACUGAAAUUAUUUGCCAACCGUGGGUGAGUUUUUAAGAUUUACCUUAGCUCAGAUUUUAAAUAGAAACAAACUAACUUUGUUGUGUUUCCACAGUUCCAAUACAACAUGCAGAUAGGACUUUCUUCUGAUACGUAUAUACACAUAAAAUACGUUUUCUUCUGAUAUACGAGAAAUUGAGACACUAAAAUAAAUUUCAGAAUGACCAUUUGAAAUUGUAUACAAAGCAGCCCUUGGAUAAAGAAGAGAAAGAAUUCAUAGUUGGCAGUAGAUGACGUUAGGCAAAUUCACCCUCUCUUGUAACUCAGUGGAAUUUCAAUCUUUUGCUAUUCCUUGAUUGUGUCCCUUACACUUUCCUAGUGUAUUUCAGAAUUUCGGCAUUACUCUGUGCCGUUCAUUGGAGGACACACAAUUUUACUGUGCAGCAAAAAUGAUCAUUCAUUGAAAAUGGAAGAAAGUACAAUUAUUGUGUAAGCAAUAUAUAAGUACUGGGUUAAACAUGCAUCCUUGUUAUCUACAAGACUAAGGUCACAUACGAAACAGAUUAUUUUGAUCUUCCUAGUAUGGUCGUAUACAUACUCACAUGUGCAUGUCUGUGCAUGUGUACACUGCAGUGUCUUUAAUAUGUAAUUGUGUUCUGCAGGUCAUGCAUGGUUUUUGUGAACCUUUCAUUUGUGUUUUUAAUUAUGACACACGAGUGUAAAAUGUUUGAAUGUUUGAACUGAAAUCUGUUUAACAUGCCUUAUGAAAAGAAUGAGCUAUAACAUUUGUGCACAGAAAUGGUGUUUGAAAAAUCAGGCUUAGUUUUAUUUGGAAAUAUGAAUAAUCUAUCUAAGGAAGGAUUCAAAGUAGAAUAAAAGGAGCAUUUUUGUACUCUCAUUUUCUUUGCAAAUUAUUGAAGAUUGACCUUCAACUUGAAAAAAAAAAAGAAAAUCUUUUAGACUGAUGUGUCUGUUUAUUAUCCUGUGCAUUUAAUAUUCCUGUGCUUGUUGUUGAUUUAUCUUUAAAAAUUAGGACCAACAACUGAGAAGGUAUAGUGAAUGAUUCCCACUUCCUCACUUGAUGGAAUCAGAAUAUUUUUGUACCUAAUAGUCUCAAGCUGAGGCUUGUGGACUGCAUGGUCACCUAAAAUACAUAUUCUCACCAGAAGAAACUGCUGUAUUUGCUAAAGAGGGUUUAUAAGAUGAAAAAUGGGAGGAACUGUAGCUUUCAUAAUUACAAACAAGAAAGCUCAUGGUUGCUGUAACAGCAAAAGUGGAAGACAUUGGGAACUUGAGACAUGUUCUCUCAUAAGAUGUCCUGUCAUUUGUGGGGGGGGGGAACGAGGACUCACUGAGUUCUGAGUUCUCACGAUAAAAAUAGGAAUGUCAACGCAGCUUGAAGCAAUCCUUGAAGUAAUCCUUCCACCUUAUGUGGCCUUGAUAAGGGCUCUGCUAAAGCACUCUGGCCCGUUCCCGGCACCUCACUUUAAGAAAGUCCAGAAGAGAACCACAAAAGCAAUCAGCAGGCUGGAAGGCACAGUCUGCCAGGACAGACUGACGGAAGUGUGUUUGCUUAGUGUGGAACAGAGAAAGCUGAUGGGAAACAUUCUUCUGUUCUUCUUUGUGUUGCCUGGGAAGAAGGCAAGAAGAAAUGGACUUAAGGUGAAGCUGGAAAGAUUAAUGUUAAAAAAGCUGAAAACUAAUAUUAAUGGUAAAUAAAUAUGUGACAGAUUGUCUAGGAAGGUUGUGUAAGAUCACACUAGACAAAUACCUGUUGUAUGGUCUAGGAAGAGCUAAUUCUGCGAUUCACGUGGCUGUUCUGUCCCAGCCCAUAGAAACCCCUAUUCUAUUAAAUUU